AAAGGGGAGCUGAGUAGGCCGUGUGUGAAGGCGAUUAGAGAGGAGUAUUGUGCUGCACUUCCGCCUUCAAAUACGACAAUCUGAUUACAAAUUUACUUUUCUUUCGAAACAGAAAACCUAAAACAUUUGUAUCAUCUUCAAUCCAGCUCGUUUUCACUAAGCACUUAUAAAUAGUGCGUUACGGUGUAUGAAUUUAUUCUCCAAAGUUUCUAGGCCUACACUACAUAGCAGGUAACGAACCAGGAUAGGAAGGAUAGGAGAGCCUAGAGAGUAGGCUAGCAGGGCACACACAUCACAUGGGAAAGGCAAUCACGUUUAUGGUACCCUAAAAGAAAGUAAUAGAAAACUUGAGUGGAACAACGCUUUCUUCUAUCAUCGGGUAAGGGUUUUUCAGAGACAGUCAAGACUGAAAAUGGCAGGCUUCUUAAAAAAUAACAAAGGACCGGGAAAAAUUGGUCGGAAAAACGAUGAUCUGUGGACGAAGACUGGUACCUUCAUCAAUAAACCAAAUAGAGGGUGGAUUCAUCCGGACGAGAGACUUAAAGUUGGAGGCAUAUGCUAUGGAGUCAGAUAUGUUGGAUGUCUAGAGGUUAAACAGUCAAUGCGAACUUUACCCUUUGACAUGAGAGGCCAAGUAACAAAAGAGGCUAUUUUUAGAGUUUGUGACGCAGCAGGAUUCAGAUAUAAUCGGAAAAAGAAGGCUGGCAAGCAGGUGAACAAAGUUCUUGGGGAAUUACCCAACAUUCAGUUUGGCGGUGCUAAUGUGAACCUGACAAUAUCAACAGUGAGCAUCAACCUGAUGAUAAUGGAAACGGGCAAGACAAUUGCAAAUCAUCAAAUGCAAGGAAUUUCAUUUGCAUCAGGUGGCGAUGUGGAAACUCCUGAUUAUGUUGCAUACAUUGCAAAGGAUCCAGUAAAUGCACGAGCUUGUCAUGUGAUUGAGUGCAGUGAUGGCUUAGCACACGAUGUAAUUACUACAAUUGGACAGGCAUUUGAAAUCAGGUUCAAAGAAUAUUUAAAGAACCCUCCACAAGCUGUUAAUGUUCCUGACAGAUUUGUUUCAGAGGAGAGUGCAUGGGGUGAAGAUCCAGAAUAUUAUAAUGACCUGUCUGAUUUUGUACCAAAACCAGUACAAAAAGAGCCUUUACCUGAAAUACCUGUGGCAAAUGGUCUGGAAUUGCAAACACACACCUAUAUUUACCAAUCCUCAAAACCAAAUGACAGGCCAAUGAGUGAUGGAAAUGUUGAAGGAAACGACCUCUACGAUAACCGCACAGAUGUGAUGAACCAUAAUACAACAGAUCCCAAAAUCUAUGAUAAUAAAACAUCGUAUGAAAAUAGUAAGCAGCCUGUGAUUGGUCAACUGAUUGACCUGGUUGAGGCAACCCCUGCACCAGUCUUUGACAACCCAUUGAACCAGCAGUCCAAAGAAGAUAGCACAGAUAAAAAUCAUACACCCGUUACAAAUGGCAAGCCACACCCAAUUUUAAACAAUGAUAUUAAGCAGUCCGAGUUGAGUAAGCAACCAAGUACUAAUAUGCAAACUGACUUUAAUAAAGUCCGGGCAUCAUUGAACAAGACACCAAGAACAUCAUUGAUUAAAAUCGAAAAAGACCCAGAUCUAAGUCCCGCUGUUAAAUUACAAGAGAUUAAAUGCAAUUUAAAGCCCUCGAUGUCAGAGAGGAGAACGUCUACAACUAGACCAAAGAUCGAACGGAGGACGCCAUCUCUGUAUGAUAAUCCCCCAAAGGAAACUGAGAAUGUAGUUCUGUCACCGAAGUCUCGUUUUGUCUUACCAUGCUACGAAAAUAUAAAACAUCCUGAUCUGAAACAAAUGGUGGAGGCAGGCUACGAUAAUUUUAGAUCGGCCGGAAAGCUGAAUAAUCAACGAUCAAGACGAAGCUCAAGCAAAACUCAAGAUGGAAGUGCUAGUUUUGAAUCAAAUUCAGUUAAUGACUGGCAGAACCCAAAUCCUACUCCACACAGUGACCACUAUCAUCACCCAACCUCGGUCCGUUCCAGCCUCUCCGGCAGUCCGAUGUCCCACAGUUUUGAUGACAGUGUAUAUACAGGAGUUCCAGACAGGCUACUUUCCUCUCCAGUUGCUAUGGAUACUGGGGUCACAGGUCAGAAUGGCAUGCUGGGUCAACCAAGCCCAGGAAAUGAUCCUUUUGAUAUGGAACCAUUUAAUCCGUCUCCAACUGGCACAGGAGAUUUAGGAGUGAAACCAUCUGUUCCACUCAAAGAAGAAAUUUGGUUUCACGGUCCAAUGACUCGGAAACAAUCAGAAGCUAAGUUGGAGGCUGAUGGAGAUUUCUUAGUGCGCGAGAGUACGACAACACCUGGUCAGUAUGUACUAAGUGGAAUGCAGAGUGGCACUCCUAAACACCUGCUUCUAGUUGAUCCCGAAGGAAAGGUACGAACAAAGGACAAAGAAUUUGAUAGCGUAAGCCACCUGAUUGACUAUCACCGCAGCAACAAGCUCCCUAUCAUUUCAGCGGGAAGUGCAGUACACCUGAAGCAACCGGUCAUCAGUGUGGAGGCAGGUGGAAGGUAACCAGGUGGGAGAUAGUUGAAAGGCAGGUGGGAGAUAACCAGCAGGAAUGGGAACUAAUCAACAGAGUGGCACAAAACUGAAUAUGCAAAUUAGACAAGUGAUUGAUACAUGUGCUUCCUGUAAAAACUUCAUUGUAUUAGAAUAAUAAGGUCCUGUAUCUCCAACAUGUCAAGAAAUCUGCUAUUAGGGUAAUUUUGAGUUACUGUCACACGUCACUCAGUGGUGGUGGCAGUAGAAGGGGGUGGGGGGGCAGAGAGGGCGGGCAGAGAGGGCAUUUCCCUUGUCGGACAGGCCUGGACCUCCAUAGCCUACAUGUGAUAUCAGUCAUCUUGGGUAUUGGUUACCUGGCAUAUAAACACUUGGUAUACAACCACUUGUAUUAUUCACUCGGGAUAUUAGUGUCUAGUGAUAUUGCUUUCCUAGGAUUUGAGCCACCUGGGAUAUUAGCCAUCCACGAUAUACUGUAAACAACCUGUGAUAUCAGUUACUUGUGAUAUAGGUAUUGAUCAUUAAUUGCCUGGAUACAAGUCACCUGGGAUAUAAGCCACCUCGGAUAUCAUUCACCCAGGAUAUAAGCCACCUGGGAAUUCAAUCGCCUAGAUUAUUAGCCCCAAGAACAUGUGCAACAACUCUUAUGCCUUAAUUCUUUUGGUUCCAUCCUAAGCCAUUGAAUGCUUUGUUUAUUAUUCACAUUAACAUUUUGUCUUCUACUACAAUGAUGUAUUCAAAUCUAUGACGUUACAAAUGAUGUUUUGAAGAGUAAAUAUCUCAUGCAUUUCUUCAUGCAACUGUUCUUUCUGUGUCAGGCAUUCAUUCAAUUUCAAGCAAUUACACAAGAAAAUGAUGUAAUAGUGUGAACAUUUGAAAUGCCUUGCUUUUUGUAACAAAUGUAAAUAGUAAAAAAAAUGUAAGGUAGACUGGAGAGGCAGUGAACUCCUAUUAUCCUUUGGAUAACUUCGAAAGGCACCACCGAUGGGCAAAAUGAACCUUGUUCUUUUCAUUGAAUUUCAUUUUGGAUCAACAGUUUGUUCGUUGGUGGUGCUGCACCGACUUGGAGCAAAUUGAAACUGUUUGGAUACAAUUUUUAUAUUGAUGUUUAAAAGAUAAGAGGUUUGCGUUGGGCUUGAUUGUUGUACUCAUUUCAUUUGGUCAAUAAAUAUUAUCAGAAUUCUUGCGAUAUCUAAAAAGAAGAUAAGCGUAAAUUUUAUAUCCUUUAUUUAUUAUUAUCAUUAUUCAUUCCAUAUUUUUUUUAAUGUCUUAAUCUAAUUUCUUUCAUCAAUAAUUAAAUUAAUUCAUAGGGUAAAUCAUGAUCAAUUAAAGUGAAUAUACUGUAUAAAAUAUGUUAUUAUUUUGAAUUAAAGGUGCCUGUACUUAUGCUAUAUCAUAGUGAUGUUUUUUUUAAUUAAGGAGCCUAUUUCAUUAUAUUUUUUUCAUUUUGGUAAUACUAUAAAAAAUAAACUUAGACAAGGUACCACUUGAAUUUUUUACAGUUUAUCUAUUUUAAAUUAAUUUAAAUCAUCAUCUUUUUACAUGAUUAUUCCAUUAUGUUCUCUUAAAUGUAGUAUGAUUCGUUUUAAGAAUGUGUAUAUUAUUAACAGUCUUCAUAUUGUAAAGAAUAAAAUAUAUGAACAUGUUAGCGAAAGAAUUGAUUCAAUUGUUAGCAAUGUGUAUUUAUAUGAAAGCUACAGAAACUCUAGGAGGAAACUGUACAUGUGUGUAUCCAUCAAGCACAAGGUAAAGUGAGGUCCUUUCCUGGCCACAAAGAAAAAGGUGUGGUAUGAACAUGCUGGCCAGUAAAGAGUAAAUUGUACUGACCUGGAAGCAUAUGAAGCAUUAUGUAAGUGCGUACAUGUACUAUUGGUGGAACAUAAAGGUGUGGUUUUAUUCUGGCUACAGGAAUUUUUG